UUCAGCCCAGUCGGUUUAGACACAGCCCGGAGGAUUUCUGCCGCCUGCUAUGACUCCUUGAAACAGUACCUGGGCAGAAAAGUGAGGCAAAAACGCUUUUCUCGUUUAUUUGCGGCUGCAUUAAAACUAUCCAAUGAGAAUUUACAUUACAGGACAGGGAACGUCGCCGGGGCAGAUAUAGACACUGUUGUUGGACUACUUUACUUUCACGUUUUCAAAAAAAGGCAGGCUACUCGGGUACAUGGAUGAGUGAAGAGGAGCUGAGAAGCUCCCCCGCUGCUUUUAGAGAGUGAGGAGGAUUAGGCAGGAGCUCAGUGGAGGCACGACGGCACUCUCACGCGGCAACCGGAGCUGGAGCCAUGAGCAGGGCGCUUACGGAGCACAUCAGCAGUAGCUUCCGAGAAGAUGCUCCUCGUCCUCCGGUACCGGGGGAGGAGGGAGAGGCGUCAUGCUACAACGCCAGCAGAUCUGCCAAAAUGAGAGCCCUGAGCAAGGUUAAAGAUACCGUCGCCGCGCCUCCCGGCUCCACACCGCGGAGGAACGAGGAUGGUCUCGGGGAGCCAGAGGGCAGCGCGUCCCCGGACUCGCCCCUAGUCCGGUGGACAAAGUCUCUGCAUUUUCUCCUGGGCGACCAAGACGGCGCUCACCUCUUCAGGACCUUUUUGGAGCGUGAGAAUUGCGUGGACACUUUGGACUUUUGGUUCGCCUGCAACGGCUUCAGGCAAAUGGACUUAAAGGAUACCAAAACGUUGCGAGUUGCCAAAGUUAUUUUUAAGCGGUACAUCGAGAACAACAGCAUUGUCGCCAAGCAGCUGAAACCCGCCACCAAGACCUUCAUACGGGAUAGUAUUAAGAAACAACAAAUAGACUCUGCCAUGUUUGACCAGGCACAGACGGAAAUUCAGUCCAACAUGGAAGAGAAUGCAUACCAGAUGUUUUUGACCUCUGACAUAUACCUCGAAUACGUGCGCACCGGUUGCGAGAACGCGUCCUACAUGAACCACGGCGGUCUCGGCAGCCUCAAGCUGAUGUGCGGAUACCUUCCACCUCUCAUGGAGGAAGAGGAGUGGAGUUGUAAUGACAUGAAGGCAAAAACGUUAGGGUCUGUGGUUGGACUGUCUGCGAAAACCCUGAGGGCUACUGCUACCAUCCGGACAGCAGCUGAAGUGCUGGAGAAUAGUUGCAGGUCCCACCGUCGAGGAGACCCUGCCAGCCCCUACUUUGUCAACUCCGGCUACAUUUUUGCCCCUGCCACCAGUGCCAACGACAGUGAGAUCUCCAGUGAUGCCAUGACAGAUGAUUCUAUGUCCAUGACGGACAGUAGCGUAGAUGGAAUCCCUCCAUACAAGCUGGGCACCAAGAAGCAGCUCCAGCGAGAGAUGCAUCGCAGUGUCAAGAUCAAUGGCCAGAUAACACUACCCCACUUUCCUAGGACACACCGGCUACCUAAGGAGAUGACCCCUGUUGAGCCCUCAGCCUUUGCUGCCCAACUCAUCGCCCGGCUGGAGAAGCUGAAACGAGAGCAGGAUACAAUGAGCUCAUUGGAGGAGAGGCUGCAGCAGAUCCAGGAGGAGGAGGAAAGGGAGGAAAGUGGCGACCUCGCCAACAGCACUUCCCUCCAUCACCCUCUACUCCCGUCUGGCAGCCAAUGCGAGGAAGACCCCCAAGCUAUCCUGGACGAGCACCUAUCCCGUGUCCUGAAGACACCUGGCUGCCAGUCACCAGGUGUGGUUCGGCACUCACCGCGCUCAAGCUCCCCAGAUCGGACAGGUGAAUUGGUGUCCUGUGGCCACGGGCCCUUCUUUGGUGCUUAUCCUGGGGCCGCCAAGGUUCUGAUGACAGGCAGGCAGUCCACAAAGCACAUCCACCACCAUUACAUCCACCAUCACCAUGCUGGACCCAAGACCAAGGAGCAGAUCGAGGCCGAGGCGGCUCAGCGCGUGCAGUGCCUCUGCCCUCCAGGAGGCGCCAAUUAUUCUGACUUUACCCCUGCUCGCUGCAGCACUUUGUCCAGACGGCCAGUCAAGGCCACUGAUGAGGGCGUGUCUUCACCACGUCUUCCCCUAGAUGCCACCGACCGCUCUCAGAAUGUUUGGCAGUGGAUUCUAGAGAGUGAGAGGCAGGGCAAGCACAAGCCACACAGCACUCAAGGCCUAAAGAAGUCCAACCCACUUGACGCCAAGACUCUUCCCAGCCGGACUCAUUCAUCUUGGGGUGGAGGCGGCAUUGGCAGUGGGGCUCACCUCCGUGGCCACCACCCAGGCCACCCAUUCAUCCAGGACCCGGCCAUGCCACCCAUGCCCCCGCCCAAUACCCUGGCACAGCUAGAGGAGGCCUGCCGCAGACUAGAAGAGGUUUCCAAACCGCCGAAACAGAGGCAUUCAACAGCAGCCAGCAGCCUUCAGAGAGACAGGAGCCAUCCAGCAGCUACCUUCCCCACGGGAGGCAGCCCUCUAGCCAGCCCUGGACUCCAAGCAGACGAGUCAAAGGAGCUGGUGGUCACCUACUUCUUCUGCGGUGAGGAGAUUCCUUAUCGCAGCAUGAUGAAGACCCACUGCCUCACCCUGGGACACUUCAAGGAACAGCUUAGCAAGAAAGGCAACUACCGGUACUACUUCAAGAAAGCCAGUGAUGAGUUUGAGUGUGGUGCCGUGUUUGAGGAGGUGUGGGAGGACGCCACUGUGUUGCCCAUGUAUGAGGGCAAGGUCCUGGGCAAGGUGGAGAGGAUGGACUAAAAACCAUUUUGUUGCCAACCAACCGAUGCCCUUCCCUGCCCAACCAAAAGCUAAACUGUCCCUAAAAAACUUGAGCAAGAGACUCUUUGUAAUUAACAGAAAACACUCUGGACUGUUUUUAUUGUUUUGUUUUUUUAUAUUUCUUAAUAUUAAGCUAAACAGAGUUAAUAUAUCCAGCACAAGAGGAGUGAUUGAAGGAAGACGAGCCAAUGAAGUACGCGGAACCCAGAGGAGGUGCCGCCCCUCCCUGACUUUAUCAACCAAUCAGCCUUAGAAACACAAGGGAAUGACAUUAGAGACUUUAAAAGACCAAUACAAGGAUGAUGAUGAUGAUGAUGAUGAUGAUGAUGAUGAUGAUGAUGAUGAUGAUGAUUGGAGGCCAGUGGGGGGGAGACCCCGCCUCUUCUUGAAUAUAACCACUGAAGAUGUAGAUGACUGUUUUGUUGUGAUGUAAUGAGAGACUGAUGGUGCGUUCACACCGGCUUCCUGGCUGCGUGCAACGGACUAGCAGGCGCUGAAGACACAGUGCCACCAACCUGCUCUUAACGUUCCACCCCAACAUUGUUACAAAAACGUCUGUACAUGUGCAUAUACAUACAUGCAUACAGUAUAUGUAUAUAUACAUGUAUUAUAUAUAGAGAUGCUUUUUGUCAUGAGUUGAAAGUUUUUACUAAGUAUUUAUUGAAAAAACAACCCACUCCUUUCCCUGUUCUCCCUUCCUAAUUCUUCUUAAACCUGUGUCCCUCCCCCUCCCUAUUUCCAGCCAAUGGGCAAGCUGCUUUGAAUGUUGGGAGAAUACUGUGGUGAGAUUGUUUCAUGUUUAUUUUUGUUUGUUUUGACUUUACACAAAGAACGUGACACUAGCCUAGCACCUCCCAUAGCCUUGUAGCCCCGUCUGACCCAUACUAACAACCUUAGCAGUGGUCUUGUCCGAGGCGCCCUCCACUAUCCUAAUGGUCAAUCCCAGUCUUAUAUGCUGCUGAUAGUUUGUCACACUAGUAUUUCCUCUCCCUCGUUCUCCCCCUUCCUCUUCUUUUCUCUCAGUCCGGCAACAGAGCUCAAUCUUUUUUUGUUGUGCCUUUGUUUGUAAACCAGGCAUUGCACGGGGGUGGGGUGGGGGGAUGGGGUACACAUACAUACAGAGAGGAGACCUGAAGCACAAGUUGUACCAUCUAAUAAUGGCAGUGUUUACAGCCCACACACCAAAAUAACUUGUGCUAACAAGAACCGGUUUGGGUCACUGAGAACGACUUCUCGGGGAAGCUAGCUUGUCAAAAAA